AUAUCAACGUAUUGUUUUAAUUGCAUUGUAAUUUAUACAUAGAAAUAUGUGAAAUAGUUCUCGCGUGGUUAAAAUAACUGAAAAAAAUACAUAUAUAAAUUAAAGUUUAUAAAUUGAAAGAUUUUCCCAAAAUAUUGGUUUAUUCCUCUAUCCGCCACAUUGCUAAAGCACAGAAACGUCACAAGUGACAGUGACAGUACCAGUGUUGCUAUUAAAGUGCCGUCAAAAUGCGUAUAUUUUUUGCGGUGAAGAUGUGGUGUAGACGACAAGCGGCGGCCGCCAUUUUGCCGUUGUUACUCACUGGGUGGCUCACUGGAGAGUCGUCGGAGGCAUUAACAACGUUUGGAAAGAGCAACACUCAGCCACCAAAGAACCUAGCACCAACCCCACCACCAGCUCGACCUUGCUCGAAGCAGGCAGAAUGUGCUGGCAUCACCAGCUCCUCCUGCGUGAGGACCCACUACGACCCAGUCACCAGAUGCUUAUGUGGAGACAACCUGCCUCCAGUCAAUGGACAGUGCGAGGCACCUACUAAAACUUUAUACCACGUCUGUGCGAACAGCGACGAAUGCAACGAUGGACUUAUCUGUGGAGCCCCGAAUAUAACGAACGCUGCCCCGGCGCAUAUGCGGGUUUUCACGCCACAGGACAAAAUCUGCCUCUGCGACACUGAAAAUGGGUAUAAAGAAAAGGAACAUGCUUGCAAUGACGCUGUUAUACUGAAGAUUUCACUGUUUGCUAUCAUCUUCGUGUCUUGUUUACGAAAAUUAAUAUUGUAAUUCACUUAAUUGACCUGUGUUCUAAAACGUAAAUCUAGCAUCCAUAUUUUUAUUCCAUAUAUUUAUCCACAGAUUAUAUCUUAUAGAAUUGCGCCAAUAAAUCACAUCAAACAUCAAUAAACAAAAUUAUGACAUCUCUUUGAAAUCACAGAUAAGACUUAAAAAUGUGAAGCCAUCAGUAGACAAUUAUUUCUCUAUUAGAUCUAACAAUUGACUCUAUCAGUGGCUUGAGACAAAUUCACUUUUCGACAGCCAACAACAAAUUCGUUUGAGUGGGUCAUACUUGUCGAAAAGUGAGUGAGAGAAAGUGAGUAUUUGUCUCAAGCACCCGAUUUACGUUUUGGAUAAACCCUACUAAUUAUUUGGCAUGCACACAAAGUAUAAAUGUUAAUAUUAAGAUAGUGAAAUAUUACUUUAGAUUCAAAGUUUUUUUAUAAACUAACUAUGCUUAUGUCACUGUCACUAUGUUUUAUUGCUUUUCACUAGUUUACGUUAUUCAUUAGUGCUUUCGUGAAUUGAUUAGUAGAGUUUAAUAUUUGCUGGAAUAUUAAUGUUAUCAUUAGGUUGAGGGUUAGAUACAGUUAGACACUGAUUAUAAUAUAGUUUUAGAGUAAACAAAUAAAGCUCCAAAUUUAUAAUUAAUUUCUUUAUAAAUCGUUACCAUUUUGUUUCUAUUUGUAAUAUUUAAAGAGUUGUUGAAAUAUAUAAAUAUUGCAAGUAGAAAAAGUAAUAUUUGACUUAAAGAUUUUUAUAAAAAAAGCAACAGAUCAGAUAGAGAAUAAUUCCUACGCAAAAAUUUCAUAAUUGGAUAAGUAAAUUAUUUUAUUAAUAAUGAAAGAUAAAACAACAAAAGAAUAUGCUUUUUAAUUUAGUCUAGGUAUAUAAAACUGAUAAAAAUUGUUUGGGAUGCUUUUAUUAUUUUUAAAAUCAUAUACGAAGAUUACGGGUGUCCCAAUAAAUCUACGUCAACAAAAAGAAACAAUAAAUCAUAGGUAUUUUUUUAUGUAUGUACGCAAAUUUAAUAUUACAUCCAACAUACCAACCCUGUUAUCACAAGAAUGUACUAUGCAAUUUUGCUAAGGAUUUGAAAAGAUAAACCUACCGCAUACCAAUCGCAAAAAAAACAAAACAAAAGGUUUUUUUGCAGAAACCCAGAAAAUGAAUUGGCAACCCUAUCACCCGACUUCGGCUUGAAGUUUAGUUAAGGGCUCAACGUAUACCAUAUACUUCAUUCAUGAAAUUUUUAAAUGUAAAUAAUGUUAAUUCAAAUCUAUUAGCACCUCAGACUUUUUAGUACAAAAUAUUUUUCCAUAUAGCAGUGUCAAUGUGUAUAGGCUAUCUGCAUGUAACUUGACAAGAUUUAAUGAAAUAAAUGUGUCAUGGAAGUAAUCAUAGAUAAAAACUUUAACGCAGGUCUUGCCAGCUUACAUCCAAGAAUCUUUAAAUUUAUAUUAAGAAAUUCUAGUUUUAGGAUUUUAAUAGAUUUAGUCGUAUAUUAUAAUAUUUGUGAUUAAUAAUAUUUUAGUUAAAGUCUUUUUGAUUGUAUUUAGAUAAGUGUCGUGUUGUUUUUGCA